UAUUUGCAUCGAAUAAACCCCCUUUUUUUACCUCCUGGGGAUGAAACACAGUGCUGGUUAGUUGAGUCCAGGUGUGAACGGCUCUUAGAAAUGAAAAUGAAGCUCGUCGCAAAGGUUGAGGAAAGGUCAAAUCCCUGUUCCAUGGGAUGAAUGAGAAUGUGCAGCCAGAAGUGAGUAUGUGUGGCAGACAGGCGUGAGUGUGCGUCGUCCAGACUCGGUCUUGGAUUUCAGGUAAAGAAAAGGCUAUCAGAUCUUGUCUGCGGCACAAUCCGAAGCUUUUACUCGCAUGGAAAGAAAACUCUGCCGAGAAAGUCUUUUGAGGGCAAAGGGUUUCAAACUCAAUCACUUGUGACUGAACUGAAGUGCACCGGGUCUGGAAUUGUCCUUUUAUUUAACACUAGAAUGUUUUUUGGCGUCUCCUUGUCCUUCAACAACGACGGAAAAAAGUUUUCCGUCGUUGAAAUCUUUACUCUAGCUGCUCGUGCAACCCGCGCAUCUGCUCGCAUUGACGCCGUGUGCAUUGUGCCUCUGAAUAUGAGCGGCGUUAAAGGUCACCGCAUAAACCUGCCAUUAGUUCCCGCUGCACAUUAGCCCCGGACACGUGAAUGAGACCAGAGCAGCCAUCUAUUCAGCGCUUGUCAGGGUUCUGAUACAUCAAGUCUUUCCGCUUUUAUCAUCGCCCGAAGAUCCAUUUGAAAUGCGGCGGACACCGCGAGAGCCGCUGAGGAACGAUACUAGAAAUGAGACUAAAAAUUUUUAUUUUGCCCCAUCACACACUCAUUCCCUUUUUUCUGAGAGGAAGCAUAAGAGACAGCAAGGUCAGCUGUCCUCCCGUGUUUAACAGAAAAAAAAAAGGUGGCUUCUAUGGCCACAAGCCCAGUCUGAAGGGCCCGUAUCUGUCUAUUGUCUGCAGUAAAGCCACUCAUCCUCGGCCUUGUCCUCCAUUCACAGAAGAGCAUUCCUCACCCGACCCAUUGUCUGUUUUUGUUAUUUGAAUGAAGCACUCGUCUGUCACGAGAACCGGUCCGCCCACCGCAGCAGUUCCGCAGCUUUUGAAAUGUAUAUCCGAGAUAGAUAUCUCAGGAAGCUAAAUGCAUAUCUUCGGGAGGGUUAAACGCAAAGUGGCUUUUGCAGAGCGGUGCCAAGACCCCUGGAAAACCUGAGAGCUCCUCUGAAAGGUUUACUGUCUGACUGGACCGGACCGUCAGAGCUCCUUUCUCUCCCAUUUCAAACAAACACGCAUGCCAGGAGAGACGGCCGCGGCGGCGGAGCGCGUCGAUUCGUCCGAUCUCCGCGAACGCGCAGGACUCUCACCGUCUCAUAACUCAUUCCGUAAACUGGUCAUUUGGCAUGUGACAAGCAGCGCCGCUGCCCUUUCUGCAAGUCACUUUGUGGGGUUGUCAGGGGAGGAGGCGGCUUUGUCUGCGGGACAAUUGAGCAAACUCAUUUGUCAUUUUAGACGCUUUAAAUGAAGCCAUUGCGGCCUUUCAGCCUUUCACGGUGACAGAUGACGCACCACUUCUCCAAAUAAAUCACGGGCGGACCUCCCCGCCAUAGUAGCGAGUUAGUUUUUCGUCGUUUUUCUGCACACGACGUCCAAUUCUGCACAAAAACCCAAUUCAUAUUUGUUCCGCCACGUCGUCAGGAGUGUCCUGAUGAGAUGUCCUUAUUCAGAUGUCCAAAACAGGAAGGAGGGCAUGAGUGACGGGGCUGAGAGGACAGGUCUCCUCUGCGUGAGAAUUCCCUGAGAUGGAUGAGGUUGAUUCAGGAAGACGCUUCGGUCAAUAUUUAACCAGACAAACGCCAACAAGACGUGUGGAGUUUGGUUUUUUUUGGAAACGAUAAAUCAUUAGCAGCCUAUGAAUGAGUCAAUACGCACAACAUGUGGAGUCCAGUUAAAGUUAGAGUUGCACGGAUCCAUGUGUUAGUCGUGUUCAACACUGAGCAGAGCUUUGUAGUGUCGCUUUGUGCCUGUUUUUCAACAUUUUCUCAGAGUUUUAUUGACACACACUCAGUAAUAAGUGGCAGUGAAUUUGACCUCUGCAUUUCACCCACGCUAUUUCACACACCAGUAUUGCACACACACAUAAUGUGGGGGGGUUGGGUACCUUGACCUGUACCCAAGUUUGAACUGGCAACCCCUCCAGGGACUCUUUACACUGUAGGCACACAUGUUAAAGUAAUAAGGCCUUUCACUUAUGACAAUGUUAAAGAGUGAUGUGGUGAGAAAAAAAAUCAUAUUUCUGCUGCCCUCAAGUGGCCACAAAAGGUAUGUUAUUAGAUCUAAAUACAUGACGAGGUGUCAUUUCCCUGCGUUAUGAUCAAAUCCUUGAGUUACAUUUAUAUCAUGAAGCACAUGCACAUGCAAUUUGCUGUGUGAAGAGUACGUGCGAGUAUGCAGCCACUUAUUUGUGUUAUAAUUGUGUUAUAAAUAGACAGUUUGUCUCGGUGGGAGAUAAAAGAGGAUCAGAAAUAACACUGCCUCCAAAACAAAUGCCAACUCUUUUCUUCUCUUUUUUUGGUUGGUUUGUUUCUUGGCCGGCAGCUCGAUCCAUAGAAUCUGGAUUAAAAAGAAGAAGAAGGAGCAAACGUGUUGAGGAAGAAAGACAAACACAUAUGGCAAUAAUAACAAAGAGAGGGAAAGUGGGAUAGAAGAGUGGGGCAUGUCAUCUGGCUCUCCGUGGCCGUGCAGCCAAGUUGAGGGCGGAAAGAGUGGGUGGAGGGCUAGGUGUCACUCUGGUGGAGGAAGGGGCAAGAUGGAGAGAGAGAGGCGUGGGGGAGGGGGUGUUUGUGUGUGUUUGUGAUUGAGGUGCAGGGUGAUUUUCUCUGGAGGGGAGGAAUGAGGGAGGGGCCAACAGUUUGGCUGCCCUCAGAGUUCAGACACACACAUGCGUCCACACAUAUCCACUUACUCCCACACACUCACAGGGAUCAGAGACACUCACAGACAGAGACAUCACCUCUCUGUCGUCCCCCUCCGCCCCCCACAACUCCUUGCUCUUUGGACCUUUGCAAAUUCUGGACCGGUGAAUGACCGGCCGCUCCACUCGUCACUGCUGACUUUUUCAGACUUGACUUGAGUGCGACCUGGAUGUGAUUAGAGGCCGGAGCGGGCUGAGCCUCAUGCUGCAGACAUGUAACCGAGGAGGCUGUGGAAGGGUGGAUGAGAGUUGGUGUGGUGGCCGGAAAAUGGAGAUGCUUUUCCUAGAGCGCCCGUGUGUGAUGAAUCUAGAGCGCAGCGAAAGAGGGGAGUGUCCUUCUCCUCGAGGCCAGGACAUGGAAGCCCGACCUGGGGGGAUGAUGGGGAAGGUAUCAGUUGGCUUCCAGAGGAGCUCCACCUCAGAUGACGACUCCGGGUGUGCACUAGAGGAGUAUGCCUGGGUGCCACCGGGACUCAGACCUGAGCAGGUCCAGAUGUACUUUGCCUGUCUGCCAGAGGACAGGGUGCCGUACGUCAACAGUCCCGGCGAGAAGCACAGGAUUCGACAGCUUCUCUACCAGCUGCCGCCACAUGACAACGAGGUGCGUUAUUGCCACACUCUGACAGAGGAGGAAAAGCGGGAGCUUCACAUGUUCAGUGCCCAGAGGAAGAGGGAGGCACUGGGAAGAGGAACACCCAAGAUCCUGCCUCGAGCUCUCCAACACACCCGCUGUGAAAAUUGUGUCGGAGGCAUCAAUGGAGGGGAGAUGGCGAUUUUUGCCUCCAGAGCAGGGCCAAGCCCCUGUUGGCACCCAGCGUGCUUUGUGUGCACCACCUGUCAAGAACUACUGGUGGACCUGAUCUAUUUCCACCACAAUGGCAAAGUCCACUGCGGAAGGCACCACGCUGAACUUGUCAAACCGCGCUGCUCUUCCUGUGACGAGAUCAUCUUUGCAGACGAGUGCACAGAAGCCGAGGGUCGUCACUGGCACAUGAAGCACUUUGCCUGCUUCGAGUGUGAAAUAAUGCUCGGUGGUCAGCGCUACAUCAUGAAAGACGGCCGACCAUAUUGCUGUGGCUGCUUCGAGUCGCUAUACGCAGAGUACUGUGAGGCCUGUGGCGAAAACAUUGGUGUCGAUCAUGCCCAGAUGACCUAUGAAGGUGUGCAUUGGCAUGCCACAGACCAGUGCUUCUGUUGUGCCCAAUGCAAGACCUCCUUGCUGGGUUGUCCGUUCCUUCCAAAGCAGGGUCACAUCUACUGCUCAAAGGCCUGCAGCCAGGGAGAGGACAUCCAUGCCUCCGACUCGUCGGAUUCGGCCUUCCAGUCAGCGCGCUCGCGUGAAUCGCGGCGCAGCGUCCGUAUGGGGAAGAGCAGCAGGCCUGCCGAACAGUGGAGACAAUCGCAGCUGUUUAAUCCCCCUCCGACCGCGCCAGCGUUUGACUACAAGUUCGGGAACGGCGGCAGUGAGAGAGACGGUGACGGCGAUGUUGAUAUCGUAGGACGUAAGCUGGCUCAUCUUGGCAUAGAGGAGAGGUUCUGGAGGGAGCGGGAGGAGCAGGACGCCUGUGGAGAUGAGGACCCGGAGGAGUGGGCCCAGCAUGAGGACUACAUGACUCAGCUCCUGCUCAAGUUUGGCGACCGUGGGAUGUUACAUCAACUACCGCAGCCAUCUCUGAAAUCCCCCAGCCCCAGCAGUGAUCGAAAUGGUCUCAUUAGCGUCUCUGAUCCCUGGCUAAAGCCCGAUACCACAUCCAUUGGGGUUACUGCCUCCUCUCCCACUCCUGCCAGUCCCACUCAGAGCCAGACUUCCAAUCAAUCCAGAGGAAACAGCCAUAGUCCUGGACUGAUGAGUAAGAAGCACCUGCCUGAAAUGUACUGGGCCCAGUCCCAGGAUGGGUUGGGAGACUCUGCCUAUGGGAGUCAUCCAGGUCCCGCAAGUGCCAGAAAGAUCCAAGAGCUGGAGCUGGAUCAGGACCAAUCUGGCACUGGAGGACAGGCCUUCUGGCCAGACACCAGGCAGUGGUAUGAAGACUCCCUUGAGUGUAUCGCCGAUGAGCUUAGAAAGGCAGAGCAAGGUGUUGGAGACUCAAUGGACUCCCUAGCACUCUCAAAUAUCACCGGUGCAUCAGUGGAUGGAGAUGGCCGGGACAGACCCUUAGUCUACACCCUUGCGAUGCAGGAUCCUUCUGUGGUAGAUGACUCUGAGAAGAUGAGCAACAUGGGGACAUUUAAUUCAUCUCACUGUCACCACAGCACUAACUCUUUGAACCUUAAUAUGGAGAAGGGAGACGAAAAUGAGAUGGCAAUGGCAAUAAGGGGAGGCAUGCCAGGGGGUCUUAUCUCAUUGCCCCCACAUUCUGAAGGUCUCCUGACCUCCUUUGCCCACGCGCCAGCUCUGAAGAGAAGCAAGUCCCAAUCCAGGCCUCCUCAGGUGGUCAAGUUCUCAGACGACACUGUGGACAAUGGAUAUAAUGAUGGGUUUGACGUCAGUAUUAGAAAGCCUCCCAUGAGCGAGCGGCCACAGCGGAGGGCGUACUGUCCGGACGACAGGGGGGGCCAAGAGAGAAGCCGCCCGUCGAGCCACCAUGGGCGCAGCAGGCGGCACCAACAGAAGCAGGGGCGACACCACAGAAGUCGCAAAACCCGCUCAGACAACAACCUUCACAUGGUUCCUCUGGACAAAGCGCAGAGGCCAUAUGAGCACCAGCAGCAGGGUCUGGUAAACCCUCAACGCGGUCCAAUGCUCUUACAGCAUCCCCCGCAAAGACUGCCCCAGACCAUCUCCCAAACUCGAUCUGACUAUAUGCUUCAGGGUGCAACACAAAGAGACCCUCAGGUGGAGCAUUUCAUGGGUCUCUGUAAAGAAGACGACGACUGGUGCUCUACUUGCUCCUCGUCAUCGUCGGACUCAGAGGAGGAGGGCUAUUUCUUAGGACAGCCAAUCCCUCAGCCUCGACCGGCCGGCCGAUACUACGCUGACGAUUUCCCGACAAGAGUCACAGCCCUUCCUCCCCACUAUCACGGCUCAAAGACUGGUCGCAGACGGGGCCACCGCUCCAAAAACUGCAUCAUCUCCUAACAGUUGGAGUGUAAAUUACCUAGUAACCUGCACUACAAAAAAAGGAAUGUCAUAUUUUCUGAUGGUUUACAUGUUAAAUCUUAGGUUUUGGAAAGGCGGUUCAAACAUAGCAUCUGCAUCAGCCAUGUAUCGGAGCACAGCGACAUGACAAGGGUCGAUCUACUGAAUGAAGAGAUAACUGUUGAGUGUUAAGACGUUAAGUGAAAAUAACAAAAAUGACCACAUUUUGUAUAAAGUCUAUUUGAAUUUUAGCACUAAUAUGACGCAUGGACUGGUACGUUUGGAAACCCUUCAUUAGUCAGUGUUGAUGGAUAUUCGGCCGUUUUGAGACAUUUUACUUUUUUCAUAUCAGCAUCUGUCAUAACAGUUCUAAAUGUCCACGUCAAUAUUUUGCAUUGCAUUGUGCAUUGAAGUAGCAACGCUGUAUAGACAGGUUGAUACGGUAGAAAAUAGAAACUAACCAAAAUAAUUAUUUAAUGCAUAUUAGUAAAAAAUGAUAAUGUAUAUACUAAGUUAAGAUUUUAAUACUGGUAUUUUUAUAUACACGUUUUGAAAACUGUUUCCUUUUGAAGUGUUUUGAGGUAUAUAAAAUAAAAUAGCAGUUAUAUGUGGAACAAACAGACCUCCUUUAAUAUUUUGAGAAAUAAAAGAAGAUGCCACUUUGUGAGCUGUGUUCGCCACAAUAAAGUGCCAUUAUACCCGGUAACAGUCUAGUUUAAUGUAUAUUCCACAAUGCUCACUGUUGGUCUGUAUAUGAAAAAUGCUGCAGCUGCUGCCACCGUCUUUAUUUUCUACACCAGCUGUUCACUACCCUCGCUCAGACAUAACCAGCUGAAUGCUUUGUGAUGUAAUAAAUAUUCUUCCCCAAAGCUAAAA